AUGUCGCAGGGAACACGACUAGUGCACAAGGAGACCGAUAAUUCUUUGGUCACAUCGAAUUUUGCAGAAAUUAUCAAGUCGCUCGAGACAAUUUGUGGAGGCAAUUUCGACCUGAUAAAAAUCGCUAACAUGGUCCGAAUCAGAGAGCUGCUAGAUAAAAUAGACAGUUUUCUCAUUAAAAGUCUCUCCAAACACGAGCUGAACACGUUGACAAGGCAGCUUGUAAUUGUUAUGCGACGGAUCGAAAGCAGCUUUUACGCGGUACUCGAUAACACACUAAGGAGUAUCACUGAUGAGAUGCUCAUUAACAUUCUGAGCGUUGAAAACGGAGACGCUACGGAGCUAAAAAAAAUUGAGCUGCUAUUGGACUUAGGAAACAAAAUUUUGGAAUUAUUUUUGGUUAUAACGAAGUUUAACGAAAAAUGGGAAAAUGGGCUGAUUGCAAAAGGUAUUUACCAGGAAACCAUAGAGAAUAAGUGUACAAAGGUAAAACAGAGCAUCAAUCGAGAUACGGCAUUAGAAUUAGGAAACUUAACGAUGCAACUUUUUGAAAAUGUUAGGAACAAUCUCCUAAACGCGGCAAGUGACUUACAAAAGAACCAAGUGAUUAACAUGGUGGGUGUCAAUCGGUAUUUGAUCUCUUCUUUCUGUUUGUUAUGCAGUAUUUCACCUAAUGCUAACCACACAGUCUGCCUAAAUAUAGAGAAAGAAAGAAUAUUUUUCAUUAUCAACUACGUACUUAAUAGAAAUAGCGAAUAUGUCGAUUAUUUUCUUACGAGUUUCAGCAAAAUCUGCGAUAGUGAUGACGAAACAUCGAGUGGAGAAGAAAAACGCAUCAAAGUUAAGAUCUUAGACGUUGCAGGAACCGAAAAUAAGGCAUCAGAGCAGUAUUUUACAAAGAAAAACCAUAGUACAGAAUCAAAAGAUAUGAUGAAAUUGUUGUACGACUGGGCAUUGCGUACCUUAAACCUGGAACAGUUCAAUUUUAAGAAUUUUUUCAAGGACCAAUUUGUAAAAAAUGCUUCGAACUCUGCCAUUCAGAACAUAAUUCUUGCCAAAAGAAACCACAAAUUUAUCGUUGACAUCGGUAAAUUCGCCAUCAUGAGGGUUUUCAACAACAAAAAGGUACACGAUGCAUUUCUGAAGACAUACAACAGCAGCAAUGUGAAGCACACUAUUCAAGUGGUGGAGGAUAUGUUUAAGAUCAGUCAUAAAUCGGGAGAGAGAAUCUUAAAGGAUUUGAUAAUAGAAAAAAGACUUCCAACGCUGUACUGUCUUUUCUAUGAUAAGUGCGUAGUCAUCAAUUCAGCAUACAUCGAAUGCUUAUUUAUCUGUAAAAAUCAUUUAAAUCAUCUCAAAUUUGAGAUGUUGGAGAAACUGUUAGAUUCGUACUAUCUCACUUUCCUGAUCCGCGAAAAGAUAGUUUUCCAGAAACUAACACUACGCAUAUUGGAUUACGUGCUUUUUCUGAGACAAAAACGAAGAAAUUUCGAUUUUGAUAAAUUUUUCAUAAAUUUGGUCGAGAAAAUGGUGCUAAACCGAGAAGAAGAGGUGAAAGACCAAAUAACACAAAGUUUCAGCGACAUAAACUACGCUAGUAUAAGUAUCUCAAACCUUACGGUAAAUCUCCGAAGAAAAAGCGUUGAAAAACAUAAGAAUCAUUUGAACAACAUGUCAUUCGAAGUUUUUGAACGGUCUCUUUUCUUCCUUAACGCUUUUCCUGAGAUCCUGCAGCACAUACUACCUUUCUUACACGAGCUGCUUGUGACAUUUAACAAAGAAUACAAGUUUUACAGGAAUUUCAAAGGUGAAGAGCGAUAUAAUUUCUCUAACACCACUUUUGUUGAUGACGAUCUGACGGAUACAAAUGUCUAUGGAUCUCUGACAUCGUUGCAAACCGAAAGUGUUGUGUAUUUUUCUCAAAUAUUUAACAAUAGAAAUACGAGAACGAUCUGCCAAAUACUGAAUCUAACGAGAGACUACAUAGAGGAAUGGAAUUUUACCGACUUACUUCUCAAGCUAAAUUUGAGACUGCUUCUUGAGAACGUGAUUUUUAGCGAGGAAAGGAAAAUGGACUCUCUCUUUCUGCAUGCACUGCAAACAAUAUUAGACAACAUCUCUGAGAUAGUUAACGAUGAGUCAAAAUCUUUGGAGUGCUGUAAAAACCAUUCCGAUUGCAAAUCGGAGACUAACACGGAUAAUAGUGCGCGUAGCGUUGAUAAUUCGGUAUUGAGCUCAACUAGCAACAAAAACUGUCGGGUACUGGACAUCAUUUACACAAAUUUGAGAAAAAUGUUUACGGAAAAAUCAGAGUAUCACACGUACAUGAUCUUAAAAAAAAUCAAUUUUGAGAAUCUUUAUCGAUUGGAUGAAUUUAAAAUGCUGUUAGAGAAAAAUGAGGACGGCAUGAAUGACUGUGAUGCUAAAAUAGUGCACAAUUUUUAUGGCGGGUCAAAUGAAGAAAAAUUUUCUAACGUUUCGUCUCUUUCAGGCAAUAAGAGUAUACUUGCGAAAAAACCAAUCGGUCUAGGGGACAGCAACAACUUAGCAAUCAAGAACAAACAAGACACUAAACAAGAAGAAGAAAUAGAUCAAAGCUCUGCCACCGCUAAAGGGGACAAUCUCCUUAAUGCUGAAAAUACAACAAGCAACACGCUGAAUGGACCACUAAACGCUGAAGUAUUACCAAAUCUGAGCAGAAGUGGUGAAUAUGAUCCUAAAAAUUUGAAUAUAUGUGACAUUGAUGACACGUUCUCGAACAUAACACUGAAUAAUCCAAAAAUGAAAACGAAAAUACGACAUGACCAGAUUCAUCUGGAUUUGAAAGUUGAACUGUUAACAAGCAAUCAGAAGCGACAUUUAUUGGAGCUUGAGCUAUCAAAAAACGUUUCAGAUAAGGAAAUUGUGAGCAAAUGUCUAAGAACCUUGUUGCACGACUAUAAAUAUGUAAGUGGAUUGGUGUUCAACAGGUCAAAAGUAACAAUUAGGAAAAAACUGAGCAGUUUUUGUCUCUACUGUAAUCUUCACCAAUAUAGUAAGAUUGGCGACCAGUUUCUUUUCAGAAUUACGACACCGAACGGAUAUACGGCUUUAAUCGUAAGAAAUGGGCAGUUGCUGAAGAUCCUGGUAGAAAAGGGUGCUGAAAAUAUAAUACUGUUACCAAGUCCUGUCAACAAUCUGUAUACAUUGGGAUUAGAAUACAACAACAAGGUCCUGAAAAUAAAUGUUAACGAAAUUAAGCUGCCAGUCACAAUUAAAAGAGCAAGCUCACUUGAGAUUGGUGAGAAUUUCAAAGGAAUUGUCCCAAGAAUUUUAUACUACGAGAAUAUGUCAUACAAUGACAAAUACUUUGAGAAUUUGGAUAACAUCUCUUACUAUGUUAAAUAUAUCAAUGAACUCGAAAGAAAAUGCCAAUAUUAUAACCAUGAUGGUGUUCUUGUCGAUUCUUUGCAGCCAUAUUUUCUAUCAAAGAACAAUUUUGAUGUGUGUGUCAAUAACCUGAUGGUUAAUGUACAGUACGACUUUUUGAACAGCGAAAACUUUGCUAAAAUUUACCUUGAGAAAUUGAAAAGAGUUGUUGAAUUCAGAUCAAUUUUAGAACAGUACUAUUUGGACUACAACACCUAAGCCACAUCGCAUUUACUAACCUGUCAUAGUCUGUUUCUAUGAUAUGCAAUUUUUGUGUUCAACGGUUUGCAAUUUAUCGAUUAAAAUUCUACUACACGUUUUUGUGAUCAGACUAUCCCAUUUUUUGAGCUGG